AUGACUCGCCUGAGCUACCUCCUCCUCACCUCCGCCUUCCUUCUCACCAGCAUCGUCCCCGUCACGGCCAAAUCCGCCGUCCUCGACCUAAUUCCAGAUAACUUCGACUCAGUGGUUCUCAAAUCCGGUAAACCAGGCCUGGUCAAGUUCUUCGCACCCUGGUGCGGCCACUGCCGCAACCUAGCCCCAAUCUAUGACCAGCUCGCAGACGUCUUCGCCAACGAGAAUGUGCACAUUAGCAAAGUUGAUGCGGAUGAGCAUAAGGAUCUAGGAAGGAAGUUUGGAGUGCAGGGGUUUCCGACAUUGAAGUGGUUUGAUGGGAAGAGUGAGCAGCCCAUCGAGUAUAAUGGCGGGCGGGACUUGGAGAGUUUGGUGAAGUUUGUAUCGGAGAAGGCGGGGGUUAAGCUCAAGGGUGCGCACAAACCGCCUAGCAAUGUGCAGAUGUUGACAGAUGCGACAUUUUCCAAGACCGUUGGUGGGGAUAAGCAUGUUAUUGUCGCGUUUACAGCGCCGUGGUGUGGACAUUGCAAGAACCUUGCGCCCAUCUGGGAGAAACUCGCGGAUGACUUCAAGCGCGAAUCUAAAGUCAUAGUCGCCAAGGUUGACGCUGAAGCUGAAAAUUCAAGGAGGACCGCCGAAGCACAAGGUGUAAAUUCAUACCCCACGAUCAAAUUCUUUCCAGCGGGGGAUACCAGUCCAUACAAUUACGAGGGCGGACGCUCGGAAGAGGACCUCGUCGCUUAUGUCAACAGGAAUGCUGGGACCCAUCGCCUUGUCGGUGGCGGUCUUGAUAAAGAGGCUGGCACGAUUGAUAUUCUGGAUAUGAUUGUUGUACGAUAUGUUAAUGGUGGCAAGCAAGAUUUGGCCGGCUCCUUGUAUGAAGCUAAGGUGGCAGCGAAGGGAUUGAAGGAUCAAUAUGCACAGUAUUAUGUCAAGGUGUGGGGUAAGCUGGCUGAAAAUCAGGAUUAUGUGACGAAGGAGUUGGCGAGGUUGGAGGGGAUUUUGAAAAAGGGAGGUCUUGCGUUAGAGAAGGUGGAUGAUCUGAUUUCGAGGAGUAAUAUUCUCCGCAAGUUUCUGUGGGAGAAGGAGGAAGAGAAGAAGCUCGAGAAAGAUGAGCUGUGA